AUGUCUGAGAAGAAGAAACAAGACGUUUACUUUGAUGUGUAUGCAAAUGACGAGAGCCUUGGGAGAAUUGUAAUGAAGCUUGCCGAUGAUAUUGUUCCAAAGACUGCCGAAAACUUCAGGGCACUUUGCGAGAUGCCCGAGGGAAAGGGAUACAAGAAUUCCACCUUCCACAGAAUAAUUCCUGGGUUUAUGAUUCAAGGGGGAGAUUAUACUGCACAUAAUGGAACCGGAGGAAAAAGCAUCUACGAGACUGGGAAGUUCCCUGACGAGAACUUUGUCCUGAAGCAUUCAAAGGCAGGGAUUCUUUCAAUGGCAAACUGUGGGCCUCACACAAAUGGAUCUCAGUUCUUUAUAACCUUGGAGGAGACGCCAUGGCUUAAUGGAAAGCAUGUUGUGUUUGGCGAGGUGGUUGAAGGAAUGGACGUUGUGCACAAAAUAGCCAAGUAUGGAUCCCAAACCGGCCAGGUCAGAAAAGGAUAUAAGAUUGAGAUAAGAGAUUGCGGUGUUCUCAAGGAAAAUUAA